AUGUUCUGUGGGCAGCCACUGCCCUGGUGGUGACAGGAGGUUCUGGCAGCGUGGCACUCGUUUUCCAUAACCCAUGGGCACCUGGGUUUCUGCUGCAAGGAGAUGCACACCUCCAUGGGGGACAUGGGGAAACUGAGGCACGGAGCUUAAUUUGCCCCAGCCCCAAUCCCAACCCCUCUGGCACAAAAUCUCAGAGGAGCUUCCCAGUAAACUGGCAUCACUCCACCAGCGGGGGGAGGUGUGGGCUGCAGGAACCAGGAGGAGAAGCUGCUCCAGGACCUCAUGAGCAACUACAACCGGCAACUGCGCCCGGCCCUGCGAGGGGACGAGAUCAUCGAUGUCUCCCUCAAGCUCACCCUCACCAACCUCAUCUCCUUGAAUGAGCGAGAGGAGACCCUCACCACCAACGUCUGGAUCGAGAUGCAAUGGUCUGAUUAUCGCCUGCAGUGGGACCCUGAGAAAUACGACAACAUCCAGCAGCUGCGAGUGCCCUCCACCAUGGUCUGGCUGCCUGACAUCGUUCUGGAGAACAACAUCGACGGGACGUUUGAAAUCACUCUCUACGCCAACGUGCUGGUAUCUCCUGAUGGCAGCAUCUACUGGCUGCCCCCUGCCAUCUACCGCAGUGUCUGCGUCAUCCACGUCACCUACUUCCCCUUCGACUGGCAGAACUGCACCAUGGUCUUCCAGUCCCAGACAUACAGUGCAAAUGAAAUCAACCUGCUGUUGACGGUGGAGGAAGGCCAGACCGUGGAGUGGAUUGUCAUCGACCCCGAGGCUUUCACAGAGAAUGGCGAAUGGGCCAUCAAGCACCGCCCUGCUCGGAAGAUCAUCAACUCAGAGCACUUCACCCCAGAUGACACCCAAUACCAGCAGGUUGUUUUCUACCUCAUCAUCCAGCGCAAGCCGCUCUUCUAUGUCAUCAACAUCAUCGUGCCCUGUGUCCUCAUCUCCGCCAUGGGCGUGCUCGUCUACUUUCUGCCCGCCAAAGCGGGUGGGCAGAAAUGCACCGUCUCCAUCAACGUUCUCCUGGCCCAAACUGUCUUUCUCUUCCUCAUUGCCCAGAAGGUGCCCGAGACCUCCCAGGCUGUGCCACUCAUUGGGAAGUACUUGACCUUCCUCAUGGUGGUGACAGUGGUGAUCGUGGUGAAUGCUGUCAUUGUCCUCAAUGUCUCCCUGAGAACACCCAACACUCACUCCAUGUCCCCGAGAGUCCGCCAGGUGUUCCUGCACCUCCUGCCUCGCUACCUGGGCAUGCCUGUGUCAGAGGAGACACCAGGGCCACCACAAGCUGUCCGGAGAUGCAGCUCCCUUGGGCUCAUGGUGAAAGCUGACGAGUACAUGCUCUGGAAAGCCCGGACCGAGCUGCUCUUCGAGAAGCAGAAGGAAAGGGAUGGGCUGAUGAAAACUGUGCUGGAGAAAAUUGGACGUGGCCUGGAGAGUGGCAGUCCCCAGGACUUCUGCCAGAGCCUGGAGGAGGCAGGUCCUGAGAUCCGGGCAUGUGUGGAUGCCUGCAACCACAUCGCCAACGCCACACGGGAGCAGAACGACUUUGGCAGCGAGAGCGAGGAGUGGAUCAUGGUGGGACAGGUGAUCGACCGUGUCUGCUUCUUCAUCAUGGCCUCUCUCUUCGUGUGUGGCACCGUUGGCAUCUUCCUCGUGGCUCACUUCAACCAGGCACCUGCCCUGCCCUUCCCUGGAGACCCCAAGCCAUACCAGCCACAGUGAUGCCUGCAGGCACCCACCAGCCCUCUUGCUGCCAGGACUGCUGGAGCCAGGGGCUGGGCACCCCUAAAGUCCCCUGGCUGGCCAAGAUCCCUGUGGGCACUGCAGCUCCUGGUGCCAAGCACAGCACAGAGGGAGGGCUGGGAGUGGUGGGUCUGCCACACCCCAACAGUGGUGGAGAUGGGGAAAAGGGGAACACGGGGUCACCAUGCUGUGCUAAAUGUGGAAAUAAAGCCUGUGACAGUC